UACCAAACAACCUCAGACCCCCCCACCAAACCAAUAACCCUACCACCCACCCAAUCGCUUCCACCACAUUCAUCAAACCCCCAACGAACAGAAGCCAAAUAACAAUGGAUCUCUCCGGCAGCUCCUCCGUAGGCGCCAACGUCGACCUCUCCAAGCUCUCCGACCGCGACAAGCAAGAACUCCAACAAUUCGUCCUCAACGAGAGCCAGAAAGCCCGCAUUCAACAAUCGAUACACUCCCUGACCGACACAUGCUUCCGCAAGUGCAUACCCGCGGGUGCGGUGAAGAAGGGCGCGCUGGAGGCGAAGUCCGAGGAGCCGUGUAUGCGGCAGUGCGUGGAUAGGUUUUUGGAUGCGAAUUUGGUGGUUAUGAAGGAGCUUGAGCGGUUGAGGGGAUAGAUUGAUUGAGUAGGGAGGGGAGGGG